AUGGCAUCCCCAUCGUCACAGGCUUUGGUAAAGCGGCCUGAUGGCCAGCUUAUGCCCCCUCCUCCGCCACCAAAACGAAUUAAACGGCCUACCAUCGUCCUUGACGAAGAUGUAUACACCAGCGCGCUCUCCCAUAUUAUCGCUCGCGACUUCUUCCCGGACAAAGACUGGAUAAAAAGCUCUAAGCAGAAGCUGGCUGAUGUUAUGCGCACUCCAACGCCCGGCUCAAAUGCGCGACGAAAGACGGACGCCUCCUCUGUGGCGGGCACUCCGCAACAUUUUCCGGCUCGAUCAGAGGAUACACCCAAAGGUUGGCAAGGCGAUACACCGAUGUCCGUCGCAUCUACAUCUACCACUCUCGAAACAAGGGAUUCGAAUAUACCCGAUGUGUCGAACAUGGGACUUCUCGCCUUUCAAGCCAAAUAUACCAGCGAGGAUAACGAGUCUUUCAAUAAAGUGCUGGACAAGCAGAAUAUCAAGCGUCGAGAAAAGAAUGCAUGGCUUUGGAAUGACAAUAAAAUUCCCUCGGCGCAACAAAUCGCUCAUCAUAAUCGCGAGGUCAAGCGCAUCACAGCCCAGGGUGGGAACCCAGAAACCAGCCUGGUCAAGGUCGAUUCUCAACCAGAUAUCAAAACAAACCUCGACGCUCGCCCCGCAAGACCUGAUCAUUGGAAAUCUCGUCCGGAUAACACUUUAAUGUUCCUCCCCUCCUCGGUCGAAGAUACCCACGAAACCCUCGCGCAAAAGGCCGAAGCAGAGUCCCGGGCGGCGGCGGCAGCAGAUGCCGCGAAUAGAGUACCCGAAUCACCCUCCCUCUCCGCUAUCCAAGACGCCAUUGCGGGUCGUCCACAUUUAACCGAGUCAGAAGCAGGGUCAGCGGUCCCAGGAGGUGAAACACCACGAGUAAAUGGCUAUGCCUUCGUCGAUGAAGACGAACCAGAAUAUUACCCCGAAUCCUCUGAAUCCCUAGAGGCUGACUGGCGUCUCCUCGGUACAACCGACUCAACACCAAACCCGUUCCAACUCGCCGAAACUCGCAAACGAGAGGCACUGCACCACCGCAUGGUUGAUCGUGUCGCACAUAAUAAACGUGCUGAAAAGGCUGCCCGUGUUACUAAAACUCCGGUCUCUACCACGCCUCACUUUGCUAGUAGUCCAAGACUGGAUUUUGGUCGCCGCACACCUGCUACACCUGGAAGGUCGGGAUCCAAUACGAAGAUGUUGACGCCUGCGGCGCAGAGUUUACUCUCGCAGGUUGGAAGUACCCCGCGCUCUUCGGGGGCGUCGGAGUCUGGAUUGAGGAAUAUGUGGACUCCAACACCGCGUCGGAAGUGA